UAUUAUGACCUUUAUUCUGAAUGCUACAACCGGAUGUGCUGCAGGUGAGCACCGCUGGUUUGACGCAGCUUCCUGCAAACACACCGUCUCUUGGCGAACAUGGCGGCAACUUGACAACGGCAGCGAGAUGAAGACGGUGAGGGCUUGAAAAGGAAAAAGAGGUCUGUUACAGGCUGCUAGGCCCAUCCGCCGACACAAAGGCACACAGCUUCGCCAUGUUGGAAGAGGAUAGCGCCCUUGUCCCUGCACGACCGAGGCCGGGGGAAACGUAAGACGCGUCGGAGAGCGGUGUUUCUAAAAACGGAGUCGAGGCUACGCAGAGGAGCGGAGCGGCGCGGCGCGGAGCUCAGGGGCGGGCGGGAGGACAGCGGCUUCACCGGUCAGCCAUGGAGGAUGCGGCCCGUGGUCGCCAGCGUCUAAUUUCCCAUCCGGCUCCUGGUUUUAAUGGGAAUUACCGCUGAACCUGACAUCUGAGGGGAAGAAGACGCGAAGCGGACCCCACGUCAAUGACUGUUGCGGCAGAGGAGCCCCCACGGUGGAGUCGGCCGGUUCCCAAAAUAUGACCAGGGGUGCUGGGACGUGUUGGCAGCAAGAAGAUGACGACGGCUUCCAAAUCUGGCUAGAGCCCCCCCGCGACAACCAAAAGCCAUUCACCGACUCAGAGAGGGCGCAGAGAUGGCGACUGUCCUUGGCAUCCCUCUUGUUCUUAACCAUCCUCCUCUCUGAUCACCUGUGGUUCUGCGCCGAGGCCAAGCUGGCCCUAGCCCGGGUCAAGUUGGCAUCCUCCCACCGCCUCUCACCCCAGACCCACUCAGCACACAGCAGCCUCAGUGGAAACCCAGGAGAUAUUUUUAUAGAAAACUCUACCAAACAUUUGUGGCGGCUCGAAACUUGCCACCAGGAUAGUUUAGGAUCUAAAAACUGCUUUACUGUCGCAGAUGCCGACCAUUUGUGCAGGGGCCUUUCCGACAGAGAGGGGACGCGGGCUGUAAAUAUGAGCGAUUUGUACCUUUCCUUUUGUAACUCCUACUCUCUGCUGGAUUUGUUCUACGGGUCGACAAGUCCGGACAAUUUGAACUGCAGCCUCGACGUGCUCGACGAUGGCGACACGACCAGAUGCAGCCAGUGCGUCCAGGCGUACCAGCGCUACGACCAGCACGCCCAGGAGAAAUACGAGGACUUUGAGCUCCUGACUCAGAAAUAUGAGCCGGGGGCUUAUUCAGUGAGGACGUGCAUGGAGCAGUGCAAGACGGCCUAUAAGCCCUGGCUGUGCGCUCAGUAUUUCCCCACCACCCAGCUGUCCUGUCAGAGGAAGGUACCGUGCCACCAGUACUGCCUGGAGGUGCAGCAGAGCUGUCCGUUCAUCCUGCCCGACAACGACGACCUGAUCCACGGCGGCAGCCCCAGCUUCAUCUGCACAGGGCUGCUGGCGGAUCAUCUAUCAGACAGUGAGGCGGAGUGCUGCGACGUCCGGUGGGACUCCAGAAUGGACAACCCUUCAGGCGGGACACUAAAAAGGACUGCUUCUUCCUGCCAGCCCGAGGGGGCCUCGGUCACCUCCGCCGCCACCCCGAGACUGUGCAGCGGGCGACUGAAGAUCUGCCUGCUGGCCCUGGUCCUCCUACACACUGUCAUCAUCAUUUCAGCCUCCCAUAACUCCACGUUGGUGGGCGUGGCUGCCAUUUUCUCGCCGGAGGAGAGCGCUUCUAACGAGGAGUGAACCUCGGGGGGGUUGAAUGAGGAUUAUGGCUUUUACAAACGUCACGGCUGCCAGGGACACACGAGCUGGAGACGCCGAUGAACCAUCAACCACAGGAAGUGGGAGGGUUUUAACUGGAGCUAAGGGUGCUGGGACCGAGAUGUUUGAGGACCACUCCCCUAAAGAACUGACCUCUUGCCACUUGAAACCUGCUCAUUGUUUCUAUUCCAUCCAAAUGUUUUCUAGCAUAUUGUCCCUCCUCUCCUCUCCUCCCUCUCCUCCCGUCCCGGCGUUUUCGGUGUGUAUGGAUGGCACGUCAGAGGAAAAACCGGACAUUGAUGAAGUGUGUGCUCUCACUCAUCAUUACCUUUAGAUUUUUGCUGCAUUUCUUUCAGGUGCCAGAAUGUUUUUCGACAUAUCAACUGUUUCUCUUCCUCCGCUCCAUCACCUCAGAGGCGUCUUCUUACUACCUAUGUAUGUAUGUGAUGCCUGCUCAUCCAUCCAUCACUCACUCUGAAAACAAAAAAUGUAUGUGAUUCUUCUAUAUUCUAAUGUUCAGCUUGUAUUUUGUCCCACUAGACUUUUUUCUCGACCCCUAACGACGGUACAUGCCUACACGUUUUAGGACCUUAAGUGCUCUGAGACUGGCUCGCUCUCUCUGCUAACUUGUUGGGGCCAUUUGAGCAAGUUAGGAGUGACGGAGCGCGGAGAGCUAGUGACGGCUCAGCUGGUGAUCACAGACAGGAGUCAGGCACCACGCAGCGCUCCUGGACAGACAGGACAGGUAGUGGUGUUCUCUGGUUUCCAGAGUGUUCAGUUUACCUCAUGCGGUAGCGUCGGCGUUGCAGACUCGUCUGAACGCCGCGGAGGGUUUUUAGAGUACACGAGACAAGGACAGGGACAACCCAGGGACACUAGAGAACAGAUGCAUGAUGCCAAAACACCAGAGGCCUCUUUUAUCAACCACGCACCAGCCCAAAAGUUUGUUUUUUGUUCUUUUCGUAAUGAUAUUAAAUCUAUUUUAGAGUGGAAUUACAGUGCAGCAGUUAUGAGUUACUGGAAACCAGUCACAUCUGCAGAGCUCGUUUUAUUUGCAUCUGGUGACUCUGACAGAUUUCUGCUCCUCGUCGGGACAAACACAACAAUCUAAUAUACAGUUAUGGAAAAAAUGAUCAGACCAGCCUCUUUUUCUUCACUUUCUUGUUCAUUUUAAUGCCUGGAACAAGUAAAGGUACAUUUGUCUGGACAAAUAUAAUGAUAACAACAUAAAUAACUGAUAAGAGUUUAGUUUAAGAACU